AAAACAGAAUAGCAAGGCAGAGUGAGGAGAGAUGUACAGUAGCAGACAGACUGACUGACUCCUUUGGCUGCUGAAUUGAGUGGAAGUGCAUUUUCCCUGGUAAUCGCUGGAUAUCUUGAGUAUUUCGUAUAACAUGAAGGUACUGGGGAUUUUUCUGUUGCUGGAAGUUUCAGGCUUCUUUUCCAUUUUUUCCAGCUCUUCCUCACCAGUCCAUUGCCGCUGGAAUUCUUUUGGCCCAUGGUCUGAGUGUGAUGGCUGUACUCAAAAACAGAUUCGGAGACGGACAGUAGCAGUUUAUGGCCAGUAUGGGGGAAACCCCUGUUCUGGGCAUGCCUUUGAAACAAGACCAUGCACCCCGACAAGGGGAUGCCCAACAGGGGAUGGCUGUGGUGAUCGAUUCAGAUGUUUCUCAGGUCAGUGCAUUAGCAGAUCUCUUGUGUGCAACGGUGAUCAGGAUUGUGAGGACGAUGGUGCAGAUGAAGAUCGAUGUGAGGAGAAGAAGACCGUAUGUGACACUGAUAAAACACCUCCAAAUUCAGAACUUACAGGAACAGGCUUUGAUGCCAUUACUGGUGAGACUAGGGGGAGAGUCAUUCAUACACAAAGCUUUGGAGGACAAUGUAGAAAGGUCUUUAGUGGCGAUGGGAGAGAAUACUACCGUCUGAGUGAAAGUGUUCUUGCUUAUACUUUCCAGGUUAAAAUUCAGAACGAUUUCAGUUAUGAGUUUUUCAACAGCAGCUGGUCUUAUAUGAAACACACAGAGAGGUAUGAAAAUUCAAACAGUGGACACAGUUAUUCACAGAAUAAAAUUCUGCAACACAACCAAAACAGUAAGCAGCUGAUGGUCAUUGAGAAUAGUGUGGAAGUUGCUCAAUUUAUUAACAACCGCCCAGACUUUCUCACUCUUGCGGAGCCAUUCUGGAAGGAACUAGCCAACCUUCCAGUUGUCUAUGAUUACAGUGUCUACCGAAGACUUAUUGAACAUUUUGGGACUCAUUUCUUACACUCUGGAUCUCUAGGAGGACAUUACAAAGUUAUUUUUUAUAUGGAUACUGAGAAAAUGACAGAAGAAGGUUUGAGCAUAACAGACAUGUACCGGUGCACCACAUCAGGCUGGAAUGCAUUCAUUGUGAAAAAGAAAAAAGUAGAGUGCUCCAAACUGGAUGAAUUGCUACAGAGUUCUUCAGGAAGCAGCGGUACCAAGAUUAAAGGAGACCCCUACAUAGAAGGAGGAAGCCCAAGUGCUGUUGCUGGCCUUAGUUAUCUAGAGCUGAAUAAUCCUGCUGGGAACAGUCAGAGAUACUCCUUUUGGGCCAGUUCAGUGACCGACUAUCCCAGAGUAAUUAAACAAAAGCUAACACCAUUAUAUGAGCUGGUAAAGGAAGUGCCUUGCUCCUCAGUCAAAAAGCACUACUUAAAACAAGCCAUUGAAGAAUAUAUGGCUGAAAAUGAUCCCUGCAAAUGUCAGCCUUGCCAGAAUGGUGGUGAGGCAGCCGUGGAAGGAACUCAGUGUGUGUGUUACUGCAAGCCUUACACCUUUGGAGCAUCUUGUGAGCUGGGAACUCUCGUGCAAGAUCAGCCAGGUGUUGUUGAUGGACACUGGAGCUGCUGGUCUUCCUGGAGUCCUUGUUCAGGGGGAAGGAAAUCAAGGAGUCGAACCUGCAGCAACCCCUCCCCACGAGGUGGUGGGAAGGCCUGCAUAGGAGAGCAGAGUGAAAGCAGACCCUGUGAAGAUGAAGAGCUGCAGCAUUUUCAAUUGAUUGAACCACACUGUUUUGAUUUAUCCAUAACUCCUACAGAAUUCUGUUCAUCUCCUCCUCUCUUGGUAAAUGGAUUUGUUCAAAAUGCUGAAAACUCAUAUCAUGUUGGGAAAAGCAUUGUUUAUGCUUGCAGACAUGGAUAUUCUCUUGUUGGCGAUCCUGUUGCUACGUGUGGCAGUAACUUACAAUGGCAAAUUGGAGACAGACAUUGCCAGGGUAUGUCUAACUGA